AUGCAAUCUUUCGUCGUCGACGGCCAAACGACAGUGCCGAUAACGACGUUGUCGUAUACGUACGCGUACGAUAAUGUACGGACAGUGGUACUUAUACGGAUGUGCGGCCUGCACUUCUGUCCCCAGCCACAGGGCAGUCACCUAGACGCCGAUGAACAGCACGACGACAAGCGGACGCCGUGCAGCAACAUUUGGCGGUCGGACCGGUGUCCGGCGAUCCCAUGGCCGACGUCGUUAUAA